GUCAAAAUGCCACGAGGGGACCAAACCCAGGCAAGAAGAGUAGAAGACAUUUUUUGCUUUGGAUUUUCUGCGUCCUUCAAACCGAAAAACUCCGCAAAACGUCGUCGCAGCUCUCCGCCAAGAACAAUCAAACAGUCGCCCCCCAUUUGGUACUUUUUUUUCUCCUCAAAUCACCUCUCUGCUUCACAUUUUAUGCAUACGAAUUUCAGUCAGUUUGUUUCUCUCAUGCUCUGAUUUUUGGGAUUUGUUGUUACUAUAGUAAUUAUUUUUAUUAUGAAGCUGGGAAUUCCAUUUUGCAUUUGUUUGAGACUCUGAAAACUAGGGUUGUAAUGUGGUGUAUUAAUUUUUUUUAAGCAUGAUGAAUGAUUUCUUUGAAAAUGGAUUUCUUUUAUUAUUUGAGUUUUUUGUUUUUCAUAAACAAAAUCGUGUUAUGGUAAAGAUUGCUGCUUUGAGGUUUUGAAAACUAAAGGAGGUGACAAAUUCGUUGAUGUUUAGGAAUUAGUGAAUCUGUUAUCUCUUGAGUUGUCAAAGUGCUGAACUUCCCAUUUCCUUUCCUGGUUUGGUGCUUCUGAUGUUCGAUAAGUUGGGGAAAGUUUGUAACUGGGAACUGUAAGUUUUAGAGAAAUGGCGAAGAACUUUUCUGCAUAGUGGUAUGUCCAGUAGAGAGAGUUCCGAAUGUCUGGUUGACUGACUUGCUACUAUAAUCCAUGUAAUUUUAAUGGAGCAGAAAAAGUUUAGUUUAAGGGAUCAUAUAAAAAAAAAAUGUACUUUAAGGUGUGAAUUUAAAGUUUUGAAAAAGGAUGCUGCUUAUGGAUUGCAUCUUUUAUUUCGCUGUUGUGGUUUGAUUUGGUUGGGGGGAGAUGAGAAAGUUUAGUGUGAAGGUGUGAAUUAAGUUUUGAAAGGGUACUUCAGUUUUCUUGUCUUUUAUAUCGAUUUUUUUGUGGUUUUUGUAGACAUUGGUUUCCUCUGCAUAUUUUAUGUUGCUUUAUGUCCAUUCUAUUGCCUGCCUAAGUGCGAAUAUUCUUGUUUGCGAAAAUUGUGAGAGUAUAAUAGUAUGUAAAGCAAGAAGAAUAGUUUUGGUGGCGGAAAAGUUAUGGCAAGAAUUGGAUGCAGAGCCUCCUUGGGACUGCUCUUAAUUUUGACAAAACUUAUAGAGUUAUUACUUUCUUCACACAGUGGAGUUAAGAAAUUAUCUGGGUAUGAGAUUCAGUAGGACUGUAGGAGGAUGGUGGACUAUUAGUGAGUUACUUGUCAGCAACUUUCACAAGUUUUAAAGAACAGAAGACAUGACACAAAAAUCUCCAUUAUUUAAUAUUAUCACAGCUAGAACUAAUGAUAACUACAACAGAAUGACGAAAAAUUUGGUUGAGAUAGUCAUGACUUAUGACAAAUAUAAUACUUAGUCGGUUUAAAGGGGAUUGAGGGAGUCCUGCUCACUGCUGUUGUCAAGUGCCUCACUAGAUGCUAUGGUUCAAUGGAAUAUUUGUUAGCAGAUGAGACUCAUUUUAGUUGGAUUUUUAACCCAUUCAGUGAUAUUCUUUUAUUUGAGAAAUUCUGAUACCAUGGUUGACAUAUUUGUUUCAGUCACCACUUACCCUCUUACACUGUUUUGGAUUUCUUCUCAAUAUCAGUUCUUAUUGUUCAUUUUAUUGUCAAAUUCAAAAUAAGUAACAUAACAAAUUAUUAUUCUUAACCAUUUUUAAAAUUGCGCAUUGCAGGAAGGUGUACAACUUGGUACGUUAUUUGGAACUGACAUUGUUUUUUUGUGAGACUGGACAAUCGCUGAUUGGAUCCUUUUUGGUGUAGCAGGCACAAUCGUGCUAUAUCUUUUAAUAUAUCUCUGCUUUUGUUGUAAUUAUCUGUUAAAUUCUUGGCCACACAAGCUACUUUCCAUUUACAACAACAUUUGUUCUUGUUUUAUGCAACUUGCAAUGAGAAUAAUAUGCAAAUAUUGGUUUGUUGAUAUCUUUCACAUCAUUCAUAUUCUUGUUUCAAGACAGACCAACCCUAGUAUUGUGCAUUUCCUUCUAUCCCUUGCUGUUGUAGCUCAAGCUUCUCUUUCUCUUCUUAACUUUUAUUCAAACUAUUACCAAAUUUCCUUGUAUGGAUCUAUCGCUUUGCAACCCUUUGUGGUCAAGUACUCAAGUCACAUGCAAAUCUUGUUUCCCCCUUACAAGUCCUCUUGGCAUUUCAUUUUCUUCCCACCAAUUGAUAUUUCUUCCGAUCAUUUCUUCUGGCAUCUGUGCCUUACUUCACAGUGGCCUUGCAUGCUAGCGUAGUUCUAUGAUGUCAAAGACGAGCGCAAAUGCAUCGCCAGUUUCUAUGAUGGAUGAGACCGAGAAGCAUGUUGAACCUACAAAGUCAAAUGAUUCUGAUGAGAGAGUAGCCUUUGACGCUGACAAUGACAAUGAGGACCUAUCAGAGGAAGAAGUAGAGUAUGAAGAAGUAGAAGAGGAAGUGGAAGUAGAGGAGGAGGAGGAGGAGGAAGAGGAAGAAGUGGAAGAGGAAGUGGAAGAAGAUGAGGAACAUAACUCUAAUGGAGCUGCUGAUGGAAAGAGCAUUGCCAGAGGUUUCGAGGUAGUUAAUGGUCAAGAUGACAAUAGGACUCAUGCUGAGCUACUUGCCCUUCCUCCUCAUGGUUCAGAAGUAUAUAUUGGUGGAAUUCCUCGAGAUGCCGCUGAAGAGGAAUUGAGGCAAUUUUGUGAAUCAAUAGGAGAAGUUACAGAGGUACGAGUAAUGAAAGGCAAAGAUGCCGUGGAGAACAAGGGCUUUGGUUUUGUCUCCUUUAAAAAUGUUGAGCUUGCAAAUAAAGCAAUUCGGAAUCUCAACAACACUGAAUUCAAGGGAAAGAAAGUUAAAUGUUCUUCAUCUCAAGCCAAGCAUCGUUUAUUCAUCGGUAAUGUUCCAAAGCACUGGAGUGAUGAAGAUUUAAAGAAGGCUGUGAUGGAGGUCGGGCCUGGUGUUACUUGUGUGGAACUGGUUAAGGAUGUUAAAAGUUCCCAAAAUAACAGAGGAUUUGCGUUUGUAGAAUAUUACAAUCAUGCUUGUGCAGAAUAUUCAAGGCAGAAGAUGACAAAUCCAACAUUUAAGCUGGAUAGUAAUGCUCCAACUAUUAGCUGGGCUGAUCCUAAGCAUGCUGAAUCUUCAGCUACUUCACAGGUAAAGGCGGUGUAUGUGAAGAACUUGCCAAAGGAUAUUACACAAGAUCAGUUAAAGAAGAUAUUUGAACACCAUGGUAAAAUCACGAAAAUAGUUCUUCCACCAGCCAGGCCUGGACAGGAAAAGAACAGGAUUGGUUUUGUGCAUUUUGCUGAGAGAUCUAGCACUAUCAAAGCAUUGGAAAGCUCUGAAAAAUAUGAAAUCAAUGGCCAAGUGGUGGAGUGUUCUCUUGCCAAACCACAGGCAGAACAGAAGUCCACCGGAGUAUUAAAUGCACAGAAGUCUGCAUUGCUGCCUAGUUAUUCCCCUCCUGUUGGUUAUGGUUUGGUUGGUGGUGCUUAUGGUGUAGGUGCUGGAUUUGGUGCCGCUAACUUUGCUCAGCCUAUGAUCUACGGAAGGAGUCCAACUCCUGCUGGUAUGGCCAUGAUGCCUAUGCUUCUGCCUGAUGGACGGAUAGGAUAUGUGCUGCAGCAACCAGGUGCUCAACCAUACACCCCCCCUCCACAGCAGAAAGUUAGCAGUAGGUUGGGCAGUGGCAGCAGUGGCCGGAGUAGUGGUAGCUCGAGCAAGGGCAGGCAGAGUAGUGACAGUGGCCAUGGGCGCAGAUAUCGUCCGUACUAACUGUUUUGUUCUUGACCUAUACACCACAUAGUUUAUUUAGGUAUUUAGGGCGCCUACAGCAAGGUUGACUAUUGGCCUUUGACGGUCAGGCAAAUUGUUUUAAUUUAUUAUUAUUAUUGAAGUCAAAUCUGUGCCAUUUUAAAUACAUUAAUAGACUAACAUUUCUUGAGGGUUUUCAUUUCCCUCCUAUUCUUCUUAUUUAAGCUUUGAGCCCUUCAUUAAGGCCAUUUACUGUGAGUCUUCAGAGAUAUAUUCCAAUCUCUUUUGCUAGGCGCGUGUCACCGGAAUUCUACGUAAUGUUCUGUCUCUUGCUGUGUGACUCCAGUGGCCAGUUUAAGUUGUUAUAUAAGGAGAUAA